AUGGCGGAGCCCCGUGCCCGUGUCGCAAGACACAAGGGGCAAAUGAACUUCUCUUCAGAGCUUCGCCUCCUCCUCCUCGCAUACGGAGACCCAGCACCCCACCACUCCUACCCACAAGAACCCCUCCCAGAAACAAUCCGAGUCCUAGACGAAAUAGUCACAGACUUCAUCCUAGAACUCUGCCACGGCGCCGCCCAAGUCGCGCACCACGCGCGACGACAAAAGAUCAAAGUCGACGACUUCCGCUUCGCACUGCGCCGAGACCCGAAUAAGCUCGGCCGUGUACAGGAAUUGCUACGCAUGGAGCGCGAACUGAAAGAGGCGCGUAAAGCAUUCGAUCAGAAUGAUGACCAGGUUGCCAAGGAUGCGGGAAAGAAGGGUGCCCCCGCUGCAACGGAUGAUGCUGAUGCAGCUGCUGCUGGUGGAGGAGGAGAUACGGCGCCCCCGCCUUCUGCUACUGGUACCACCACUGGUGGCGGGAAGAAGAGUAAAGGAAAGGGGAAGAGGGCUGCGAGGCGGGAGUCUGAUGCUACUGAGGACUCGUCGGUGCCGAUGCCGAAGAAGAGGAAGACUAUCGGUUGA